AUGGGAGUUCAACGGCAUGAAGCGCUUGCUGAAGACGAGCCGGCUGAAAAUGCUUGUGCCAGUAGUUCUUUGAACCAAGGUGCUCUUCCCAAGGAAAUCUAUGUACGAGUUUAUGAAGAUAGAAUGGAUCUCUUAAGAGCAGUUAUUGUAGGGCCAUAUGGAAUCCCUUACCAAGAUGGACUCUUUUUCUUGGAUUUUUACCUUCCGCCACAAUACCCUGAUGUUCCACUGUUUUCAAAUGAUAUGCAGUCUGCAUGCUAUCAUUCUGGUGGUUGGCGGAUUAACCCUAAUUUGUACGAGGAAGGGAAGGUUUGCCUUAGCCUUCUAAAUACAUGGACAGGCAGAGGAAAUGAAGUAUGGGAUCCAAAAUCCUCUAGCAUUCUUCAAGUCCUAGUUUCACUGCAAGGUUUAGUACUCGACUCUAAGCCUUACUUUAAUGAAGCUGGGUAUGAUAAGCAGAUUGGAACAGCUGAAGGAGAGAAAAAUUCAUUGUCAUACAAUGAGAAUACAUUUUUACUUAACUGCAAGACUAUGAUGUAUCUCAUGAGAAAACCCCCCAAGUUCGUGUCUUCGUUACUAAAACUCCUAAAGUUUGAUCACAUGGUUAGCAAAGAAGCAGAAGCCUAUUCUAGAGAACUUGCAUGUUUUGAUUAG